AUGAGUAGCCGGUCAAUGCAUAAUCGUUUAGAAGUUUUACGAAAUGGGCAAGAUGUUUCAUUUAGAAGUUUGCACAGCUCUGGCGUUACGCAUCAACAAAUACCUAAUCUUGAUGGUGACAAUGAAUCUCACAAAUCGGAUUCAUGGGUAGACUUGGCUAAUCCGUCGUCCCAAACUUCUCUGAUGAGUAUAAACGCUGGUGAUAAUGGUAGUGUUGUAUUGGUUGAUAGCGAUGAAGUGGAUGUGACCAGUGAUAACACCAUGGCUGGUGAUGGUGGUAAUGGAACUCCAGUUAGUCAUCUCAGUCCUAUCAGUUCCUGCGGUGCUCUCAUUGAUUUGACUGUUGACGGUGGAUUAUAUCAAAGUGGCGAUGCGAUGACAGCGCAUAGUUACGGUUACAGUGGAUCCAGUCGUAACGCUGUUGCGAUUAUUGGGAUGAGUACAUUCGCUUUAAGGACCAAAAGGACUGCUGAAUGGCUAGAGAGUUACAAUAGCCGACCGGAGAAAAAUAAUCUUCAUCUUUCAUCACCGGUUUCAACACCUCCAAAUAGUCUUGUUCUUGGGUUGGAUGUUGGCGAACUCAGCCAGAGCAGUUUUUGUGAUGACGAUGAAGUAUUUAGUUUUCCAGAGGCUGCAUAUUUCUGCAAAUGCCAGAAGUUGAUGUCCGUGAAACAAAGAUUCAAUGGCAAGAAAAAAUGGAUUUUUAGUGGAUUGCGUGGACUAACUGGUAAUGGUUGUCGUGCAUUGGUACUAUGCUUAGUAACUAAUUUAGUUACUCUUGCAAUUGGUUUUGCUGUUGGAUUGACGAUCGGUCGAAAACUAUCUAUACUGUCGCACUUUAAACAUCGCUGUAUUUUCGAUCUUAAUUAG